UGCUCGCUUACUGUAUUUUUUUUUAGGAGGCGGGGCUAGACUGGAUCGACCACUGCUACCUCACCACUACAUCGAUUCAAAGUGCGUGUGCCAGAUUGUUGGGUCAGUCGGUUUAGCUGUGAGGAGUCCAUGCAAAUUAUGAGGUCCAAUUCACCACAGAGUAUACCGAGAUGCUGAGCCAAAACACCGGGAAGGACUUCCAAGCUCCUGAGAAGUCGAACCCUGUUGCAUUUCCUCAUACCCCUCUUCUUCGUCGCUCUACUAGUUGUCAACACUGAGGAUUUCAGCUGUGAACACUUCAAUGGCGUUUUUAAUGAAAAAGAAGAAGUUCAGGUUUCAAAUCCAUUUUACUUUGGAGGAGCUAGCCGCCGUACCGUUUGUCAAUGGCGUCCUUUUCUGCAAAAUCAGAUUGUUGGACGGAGGGGACUUUGCCAGCUCGUCAUCCAGGGAGGAGGUCCAGCACAACUGUGUAUGCUGGAGGAAGAAGUUCUCCUUUGUGUGUAAGAUGAGUGCCAGUCCCACCACAGGACUCCUGGACCCCUGCAUCUGCAGGGUCUCUGUACGCAAGGAACUAAAAGGAGGAAAAGCAUUUUCAAAGCUGGGCUUUGCUGAUCUCAACAUGGCAGAGUUUGCAGGCUCAGGGUCUGCUGUGCGCUGCUGCAUCCUCGAGGGUUAUGACACCAAGAACACACGCCAGGACAACUCCAUCCUCAAGGUUACGAUUGGUAUGACUCUGCUGUCUGGGGACCCCUGCUUUAAAACGCCCCCCAGCACAGCCAAGUCCACCUCCUCCCCAGGUCAGGACCCCUCCUUGCAGCUGGCCUGUAAGGGUGAGGGCACCACCACUCCCCCAACACCAGGGGGCAGCACUGCAGGACGGCCACUCAGGGCAAGACCUCCUCCGCUCACCUCUGGGGUGCCUGGGGAGCAGGAACAGAGCAUGUCCAGCCCUGACGAGGUCGUCCAUUCUGGACACUCACGCAACUCCAGCUACGCCAGCCAGCAGAGCAGGAUUUCAGGGUACAGCACAGAGCACUCCCGGUCCUCCAGCCUGACGGACCUCACCCACCGGCGCACAGCCUCCAGCAGCAGCAGCGCCUCUGGGGGCGUGUGCACCCCCACCCUGACCCUGGCCUCCGCAGAUCCCCACAGCGACCCCCCGGGCCGGCCGGAGAGGCCCCCCAGGCCCCCCCGCCCUGCCCUGCUCUCCAAAAGACCCUCAAGGAGGCAGAAGGAUUCGGUGGAGAGCCACCCCACCUGGGUAGACGACACACGCAUUGACGCUGACGAUGUCGUGGAGAAAAUCCUUCAGAGCCAAAACUUUGCUGAUGUCAGCAACAACGAAGACAGCAACCUGAGGCUGUUUGUCAGCCGGGAUGGGACCACGUCACUCAGUGGAGUGCAGAUGGGCAGCAGGGUGACAGCUGGGGUCUUUGAGCCAGUCGUGAUUGAGAGCCAUUAACUGCUGUUAAUGCUACACAGCUCGGUGUCUCCUUCCAUUACCUGGUGUAGGAGAGACACCCUGAUGAUCACCUGGUGUAGGAGAGACACCCUGAUGAUCACCUGAUGUAGGAGAGACACCCUGAUGAUCACCUGAUGUAGGAGAGACACCCUGAUGAUCACCUGAUGUAGGAGAGACACCCUGAUGAUCACCUGGUGUAGGAGAGACACCCUGAUGAUCACCUGAUGUAGGAGAGACACCCUGAUGAUCACCUGAUGUAGGAGAGACACCCUGAUGAACACCUGAUGUAGGAGAGACACCCUGAUGAUCACCUGGUGUAGGAGAGACACCCUGAUGAUCACCUGAUGUAGGAGAGACACCCUGAUGAUCACCUGGUGUAGGACAGACACCCUGAUGAUCACCUGAUGUAGGAGAGACACCCUGAUGAACACGCGGCUGGAGAUGGAGAGUUGAGGUUUAGAGGGUUAGUGGGUUGGGUUAGGGUUGUUAUGUUGUUAGGGUUAGUGGGUUGGGUUAGGGUUGUUAUGUUGUUAUGAGAUUGAAUGUUUGCACAUGAACCUGUCUUUGAUGUUCACUUUUAGAGAAACCAUUGUACUGCAGUAAAAAAAAAAAUAUUGUGCACUUAAUUUAAAAUAUUUACUGAACUGGUGGAAGGUAUUUUAUCCAAAAUAUUACAGCACUGGCAGCCAUCUGAUGAAACAUGUAUCAGUUCAGGUUAGUGUUGCCGAGUCAGGUAAUAAGAAAGGUACAAGCUGGAGUUGUUCUCUGAUGUGAUGUUCAUCACAUAUGGCUGCACACAGACAGGGAGGGGGAUUCUUGAUCCUCUGCUAUACCAUUAGUGUUGUCUCUGGGUGCUUGCCUUGAGAGAGUAAUGCUUGAUGAGAGACAGCAGUGUUGAGCUCACCAGCUGGUUUGGUGACUACAGAAGCACAGGGAAGGUUUUUACUUGAGGUAGAAACUGGAGAGAGCUACAACCCAGGCAGCCGCUAAUGUAUGACUGCACAGACAGCAGAGAUCUGAGUGGAAUGCAUGUUAGAUCUUAUAGUUUAAAAAUGUACCCUUCUGAUUGUCUGACUACAAAAAUACAAUGUUUUAUUUUGAAAAAUGUAAGUAGUUAGCUGGCUAACUCCCCUGUCUCUGCACAUGCUGGGUCUGCAGCUGGGGUUCUCAGAGCCGUGGAGGCACCCGCAGGGUCAAGGAUGCAUGCUGCAGGGUGAAGGGUGCAUGCUGCAGGGUGAAGGGUGCAUGCUGCAGGGUGAAGGGUGCAUGCUUCACCAAUCUUCCACUGUGUCCUCGUCAACAAUGGUUUCAGUCAAUGCUCCCUCAUCCGUACAGGACAGUGUCCUCUGAGUGUGUGUCUCCAUGUGUUUACGUGUCUGUUUGCGCAUGUGUGUAUGCGAAUGCUUUAAAGUAAAACUAUGUGUAUGUGUGCAAAGAGUGAUUGUGUGUGUAAGCAGAUCAUUUGCCUGUGCAAGGGAGAUUUUAAAGAGCUUGUUUUUCAUUUGGUCUGAAAGUUGAAAUCAGGAAAUGUACAAACUCUUUGUUUGAUUUGUGUCUUCUAAAUGUAGGUAAUCUUUUUUAUAUAUACUUAAUUCAAUCCCUUUGUCCAAUAAUAGCUUUCAUCUUUAAUUAUUUGUUUAAUCAACAACCAAAAAGUGUGAAAAUGACCCAUGUAUGAAAUUUUGCCAACUUGGAUUCUUUAUUUGAGUAAGUCAGAACACGUCCUUCAUCCUCCGAAUCUCAGAGAGAACGGACCUGAAACGACCUGCUGCUUACAGGAUGUUUAUUAUUGUUCUUCACUCUUACACCUUCAUGAUUGUUAUAGGUGUUGUGUUUGUGGUGUGUGUGUUGUGUAUGUGUGUGUAUCCUUGUAUACAGCAAAAGAAACCACUGAAUAAAGUUUGAAAUCCUCUUCAUUGCGUUACUACUCUGGGACAUUAGCGACCCCUGACCACACAAGGACCUGUUGUGUAACAUGACCACACAAGGACCUGUUGUGUAACAUGACCACACAAGGACCUGUUGUGUAACAUGACCACACAAGGACCUGUUGUGUGACAUGUCCCUCUGGACAACACUGGAUUUCAAAAUUACCUUUUUUUAAAUAAUGAAACCACUAUAUUUGUUUUGUGGUUUUAGAAAAAAAGUUGUUUUCCCUCUUUCUAAGAACAGUCUGAACCUAAAUAACUUUACUUUCUGUUGUUGUGAUUCCAAAUCAGCAGGCUGGUUUACCUUUUCGUUUGUGGUGAAAAUAUUGCUAUGUAUGUGGUAUGUAUGGUAUGGUAAAAUGUUGAUCUUCAAGUUAACUACAUACAUAUUCUAUCUAGUGUAUUCUCUAUACUGUACAUACACCCUGAAGAUGAAAUAAUUGUUCCUCUGCUACUGUUUUCAGAAAGUGUAUUGUUUGAGUACGUUUUUUUUCCUACAUACUUGACAGUUUGUAAUGUGAUUUUUUUAACAAAAUCGUAGUGCUGUCUCUGGUGUCAUGGAUGAAACACAACACAUUCUUUUCUUUUUGGCUACAUGAUGUACUGAAUAUAUGUUUAUUUUAGGUAUGACAUUUCCAUCUAAAGACAGACUUAAUCAUUCAUUUAAAGUACCUUGGCUUUUGUUUGUUUUUAUAUCAAUUGACACAUUUCCCUUAUAACAAAGGUGUAUCUCUAAAUCAACCCAAAUUCAGCACUGGUCAUCAUUGUAAAGGAUUUAAUCUAUGCACACUUUGAAGACUCACAGAACUUUACCCAGAUUGUAAUCUAGACUUUUAAUAUGUAUAUUGAUAAAUAUAUAAAAUAUGACAUAUUUAUUAUAAAAAUCUAAACAGUUAGUGAAUUGUAUCAACAUAAAACUAUUAAAUUGCUAUAUUAAAAAAAUGAUUAUUUUACAUAAAUUUUAAAAGGCAAUUCUCUAAAGUUUUCUAUUAUUUAUGCCUGGGGUUUCCUGUCCCUCUAGAUAAUAGCAGUGAGACGAGGAGAGGUUGAAUUAUAUUUGUAUACAAAUACUGUAUUUGAAUGUCCUAUUCUUGAUUGUAUAUGUCUAUUGGAAAAGUUUCAUUUAAUAUUUUUGGGGAAAUAAAAAGGUUGGUAAUCUGGAA